AUGACUCAGAUUCGGCAUAUCUCCACAAGUACCAUCCAACCAACAAUUGAGAAUGAUCACUUAGCUCGUAGAAUUCAGUUAACUCCAUGUGAUCUGCAGCUCAUCCGAAUCUAUUACAACCAAAAGGGACUUCUUUUCCACAAACCAGCAGAUCAAGAACAGAGCAACAACUUGGUACAACACCUAAAAGCCUCCCUUUCCCGCACCUUGAACAUCUUCUACCCACUUGCUGGCCGCCUAGCCCCGAUCGAAAAUGAAGAUAACAACACCACAUGUUUUUUCAUCAACUGUAAUGGCGCCGGAGCCCAGUUUGUCCACGCAACUGCUGACUGUGUCAAAGUGGCCGAUAUCCUUGACCCUCUUUGCAUUCCUGAUGAAAUUGUGUACCACCUCUUUCCCUUGAAUGCAGUUCGGAACUAUGAAGGCAUUUCGAAACCAUUGCUUGCGGCGCAAGUAACUCAACUGGUUGAUGGCAUCUUUAUCGGUUGCAGCAUAAACCACGCGGUUGUGGAUGGUACUUCUUUCUGGCAUUUCUUCAAUACUUGGUCUGAAAUCUCUCGUGCUGGCUCUAAUAACAUUUCUCAACCUCCUCCCUUUUUUGGUCGCCAAUUUUUUGACAGCGUAAUUGAUCUCCCGGUUCAGUUACCCUUCUCCUAUGGUGAAAUUACAAGGAAGCAUGUUAGGAGGUCUUCAGAGUCAUUGCAAAGGGUACUCUUUCAUUUUUCAAAACAAAAGGUAGCAGAGCUCAAAUCCAAGGCCAAUGCUGAGAUUGGCAUCAAUAACAUCUCAUCCCUCCAAGCCCUCAUGGCUCAUCUAUGGCGGGCUGCAACCCGUAGUAGACAUCUCAACCCUGAUCAAGAGGUUAUUUAUCGGGUUAUGGUGGGAUUGAGGCAAAGAUUGAAGCCACCAUUGCCAGAAGAAUACCUCGGGAAUGCGGUUAAAGCGGUUCUUGUCAAGUCCACUGCUGGAGAGCUUCUACAUCAUGGACUAGGCUGGGCGGCUUUACAAAUAAACGAACAGAUUGCUUCCCUAACAGCUGACGAAGCGAGGAAGUCCUUGGACGAAUGGGUGAAAACCCCAAUAUUUGUUUCAAAUAUAAGUAAUAUUUCAACAAGUUCUGCAUUGCUUACAGGAAGCUCGCCGCGGUUUAACGUAUUUGGGAAUGAUUUUGGGUGGGGGAGGCCACUUGCUGUGCGAAGCGGAGCGGCAGACAAAACAAAUGGGAGGCUAACAGUGUUUCCUGGGGCUGAAGAAGGAAGUAUUGAUGUUGAAGCUUGCCUUUUUCCAGAGGCUCUACAAGCUAUGAAGGACGACAAAGAGUUUAUGGAGGUCGUGCUACAUCAGGGCUGGUCUAUUGAUUUUGAAGGCCCGGGCAAAAAUAAAAGUUGA